AUGACGAACAUGUACUCUUUGAAUGGGAUUCCGGUGUUUGGUUUGCGCUUUGUUUGCACCUGUGCUUACUUCAAGACAGUACCUUCUCUCAAAACCUGGCUGCUAUCAGAGAAGAAGGGUGUUUGGCAUGUGUUUUACAAAGCUGCUGUGAUUAGAAGUAGGGUGCAUGCUGCUGUGGCAGUCCCUGCAUUGUAA